GACGGUACUAAUUCACGCACAUCGUAGAUCUAAGAAAUGUAUCGUUUUAACUGAAACUCAUCGACAUCGGUUUAUACUUAGUACUUUAGUAGAUAAUUGAACCUAUUGGCCUAUAUUUUUUCGACUUGAUAGUUCUUUCUUUAGUAUAUUUAUUCGCCAAUGUCAAUCACAAACGGAUGCGUCCAUGUGAAACCGUUAAUGUAUUUUUUUUAGUAGAAUGAAUGUUUUAAAAAGACUUUUAUUUCUAGAUUUACUCAACUAUAAUUUUUCUACUUCAGAAAUAAUGACAUCUAUCUAUUUUCAGACAGCCCACAGAAAGUCUGCAUUGGUAAUAAACAGUAACACACUUAUUCGUAAUCGCAAUUUUGGAAUAUCUCCGAUUCUGUUUCCCCAAAUGCUCGUAUAGUUCCACAAUACACACGUCCACUUUUGCUGAAUUAGAAUUUAAUAAAGAUAAAUAUGUAAAACAAGAAAACCAUUACUACCCUUCUGGUAAAUGAUAUUUAGUAUGGCCUACUAGCAUGGUAUUACAUAAUUAUUCGUUGUUACAUAAUAGAAGACUUGUGUACCAUUAGGCUAAUGAUCCGAUGAGAUGUACGGCCGUGUGAUCUCUCGUUACUCGAUGCAAAUAUACCAUUAAGUGUGUUUUUAAAUGCUCAACAUUAAAAGUUGACACGCAUCGAUAAAUAAACAUAUGCGAAAAUAUUGAGAUAUGUAGAUCUAGCGAGAGGUUAUUAAAGGUUAGUUAAAUCUCAGAUGGUACAGUCUGCCGAAGUGCUUAAUGUGCUGCUGUGGCGUUCUCUAGCCCUAAGCAUUGAGUUUUGAUUCUUCAAAUUCUUUACCUCAGCACAAAUAAUAUUUAGACAUCACAUCGACGAUUACUGUGCAGUCGAAUUUUGUUGUGCGGCUGAAUUCUUUCUCAAGAAAACCUCAAAAUGAUUCGAUAUUUGAUCCCGUUUAUGUGCUGUUUGGCCCUGUGUCUGCUAUUUUGUAUGAGAAUGCAUUUAAGUAAUGUUAUGGUCAUGCUGGUACCAGAUAAAAACGAUACAUCGAAUUGGGGUCGAUCCAACGGUGGUUUGGAUCACGGAAAUCAGUCGAAGUGUAACACUGGAACAUUUCGGACGUUUGAUUGGAACGAGAAAACUCAGCAUAUCAUCCUAGGAGCAUUUUAUGUUGGCUACGCUGUAAUGCCGAUACCGGGAGGAUGGUUGGCGUGGAAAAUCGGUGGUAAGCGUGUUAUAUGUUUUUCAGUGGUAUGGACCUGUAUAAUGACUGCAUUGAUUCCAUUUUCGGCGGGAAUAAGUGUUGGUUUGUUGGUUGCACUACGUGCUUUAGACGGUUUAGGACAGGGAAUAGCGGUACCAGGAAUAUACGUUAUCCUAGGGAAAUGGGCGCAUCCUAACGAGAGAAGUACCAUGAUAUCUAUUUCAUUAUCUGGAUUGUGUCUAGGAGUUCUGGUAUCAAGUUAUGCAUCUACCUGGAUGUCAACAGCAGUCAUAUUUGGUGGAUGGCAAUUUUCCUUUACUGCUUACGCCAUCAUGGGGGCACUUUGGUCUCUUGCGUGGGCAACAUUAAUAUAUGAAACUCCCGAUAAACAUCCGUUUAUAUCCAGCAAAGAGCGUGAACAUAUUAAUUCGCUUUUAAGCGAGGACGAGCAGAAAAAGACUCACUCUGUUCCUUGGCUAGACAUCCUGACGUCACCACCGGUAUUGACUGUUACUCUGUGUAUAGUUGCAUUUGAGUUUGGUUACUAUGCGCUGCUCUCAGAAAUGUCACAAUAUUAUACUCUUAUUCUAGGGUACCAUUUUGCAAAGGCUGAUCUCCUGAUACUUAUACCACAUCUAAUCCAGUUUAUCAUCAAGAUCACAUGUGGAUUCCUCGCAGACGUUAUUAUUUAUCGGUCCUAUCUCGAUGUCCUAAGUACAAGAAAAAUGUUUGUUGCAAUAACUCUUGGGGUAUCAUCGUUUUGUUUGGUUUCGCUAAACUAUUUUGACAGCAGUGCUACAAUUGCCACUGUGCUUGUCUCUGUUGCCUACUCUGUACAUGGAUUUGAUGUUGCUGGUAUAUUUUCGAAUCCGAUGGACAUCUCAACGCCGUUUUCCGGGAUUAUUGCCGGCUUAAUGAUGACAGCAUCAAAUGCGACUGGAUUCAUCGGUCCUUUAAUUCUGGAAAUGUUAACACAAGACGAGAAUACUCGUAAACAAUGGAAUGUAUUUUUUCUGCUGAUUGCGGGUAUUCAAGCAUUUGGGUUGGUGGUUUUCCUGGCAUAUGCACAGGCAGAAGAGCAGGAAUGGUCGAAGAAUGCAAGAAUUCGUGAAGAUGAGAGGAAAUCGCUUUUUCGUCGUAGAAGUAACUCGGAGGAUGUACUAGAGACAGCUAGCAAUUACUAGUAAUAUUAAGUAAUAUUACUUCAUUCUUCAGAGCUGAAGCAUACUCUGUGCUACCGGAGUUCCAGUGACGGUGGUCCUGAGGUUGACAACGGCCCCGCGAGCGGGGUCCAAAGGCAGUGUUUUGCUAGGCGUUUAAGGGUUAUCCCCAAAGCUACAGCCUUUGAUGUAUUUAGAUGCUUAAUUUAAACGAUUACUAUGGACAUUUUGGUCUUUAAAACACUGUACUUCUUUCGUUCUGGUAACUUUUGCCGCCAGACCCAUCAUUCAGUGCUAGUGAGAGAAGGUUAUCAUGAAAGAAACACUCGAAAAACUUCACAUACCAAACAACGAGACUGAUAAUCAACGUCUAUUUAUACCAAUAUUAAUCAUACAUUUAUUAUGUAUUAAUGAUAUUAAUAUAAUUAUUAUACUAUAAAUGUACAUUUUAAUUCGAUUAUAAAAUUGUGAAUCAAUAUUUACACAACCAAAUAAAAAAAAAUAUUUCUCGGAUAAAUUAUGUACAGUUUAGCUGCAAUAUUAUUGCAUCAAAUCAGAAUUACGAAACUCUAAAUAUUUAAAAUCAGUAUUACAUAAAUAUAGGACCUAUCUAUAAACAUGCUUGAAAACUGUAGUAUUGAACAUCUAUUUUCUAAUUGUCAGUCAUCAGUGUUCAAUAAUGUGAGAUUCCAAAUCUACAUUGAAGAUUGAAAAAUAAUGCCACAUUCGUGUUGGAGCGGAUCCAUGAUUUGUUGGUUUAUGAUAUGUUGCUUGCCCUCCGGUACUAAAAUGACCCGAAGGUCAAUACCGUAAAUGCUCGACUAAGGCGCUUUUAAAAUAUUAUUUGGAGGCUUCGGUGCGGUGCUUAUUCGAAUGCGGCGCUUAUAAAAAAAUAUUAGCGUGGCGCUUUUCAUGCCCGUUCCCAUGUUACGUAUCUCACGCAUUCCCGUAGUACGGUAGGCCUAUCAUAGGUCCAAAGUCAUCGUAAAUAAACGUUUAUAAAGACAUACUUGUGUCUUCAUUUGUAUUGUUUAUUCAUUUUAAAACCGUGUACAUUGUAUUUAAAACCCUGUUUCGUGUUUAAUUAAACACAGGGUGAUAUAACCCUCUCGAUUAGGCGCCACGGCGCCUAUUCGAGAGCGGCGUUUAGCGAAAAAAAUCACUUUUGGUACGGCGCCUAAUUCACGAGCAUUUACGGUACUAAAACAAAACAUCGAGGUUUUUCAAACAACCAAAAUAACUUCACUCCCCAGCCUCAUAAAAUAAUUGUUAGUGCAUAAAUGAACAUGUACCGUCACCGUCACUUUUUAGAAAACUCUUGUCAAAUAUGAUUUGAACAAACGGUUUUAAUUUAUCGAAAUCAUCGGUAUGGUACAAGUGCCAAUAUGGUUUGAAUUUGAUCUAAUCUGUAAUUAACCUCUCGAUCAAUUAUACCCUGUUUGAAAGAAAUAGGAUAGGCCUAGGUCUAAAACAUAUAAAAUCUACUUAUUAUAGGCCUAAUUGGAGGUAAAUAUAUGAUAAAUCAAAGAAGACAAACCAUUAUUGAUUUCAGAAAGAACAAUAAAAGAAAACAAUUGGCAAGAAUAUUUGAGUAUUAAAUCAUCAAUAAAAAGGGAAGCAUUAUUAUCAGUUUGAUAAGAAAAAUAAGAAUAUAGCACCGUCUACAAUGGACCUAUCCGGAUUGUCAAACUUAAAACUGACCAAUUAGAGAAGGGCCAGGAAUACGCGCAUGUCCCACGAGCACACGUGUUUACGUACGUUUACGGUGUUGUUCUGUGGAACCAUAGCAACAAUAUAUCCAAGGGGCUGCCUUAGCGGAAGGUCCAUUGUUUUCUGUAGGCUAACGUUCAGUCGAUCUGAAUCAUAAGCUACAAUAUAUGUACAAUGCUAUUAACUAUUGUAAGCUGUUGUCGGUAAUUGUGUAAUGCCCUAUUAUAAUGAUGAGUAAUUCGAAUUCUCAUACUACAAUUGUACUUAGACAAUCGUAUGAAGUUAACUGACAUCUCUGUAAAAAUUACUCGCAGUAAUGGACCCAGAGGGACGGGCUUAAGGAGCGCUCGACCUGGCAGUGACCAAACUCGCUUAUCAAGUGUGUAAUUGAUAAUUAUAAAACAAAAUAUAAGAGAAAAAGUUGGUUAAAACUGUGGAGCGUCCAGGAUAUAUGGAAAGGACCACUCAAAACUCUGGGUCCUCGAUUAGAGCUUCGCUAACCUCCCCAUCCCACGCCAAAUUCCUGGAUUUUCCUCUCCUCUAUGGCCAUGGUUAAUCCUUUCAUAAUCAAUUAGACCCACAGCAUCCAGCACAAAGUCUACACACCACAACUUAUGUCAUCAUGAACAUGAAAAGCGGCUUGGAAAUAUGUACAAUACAAGUAACAUGUUAAAAUCGAUGCAUUGUCAAAUCUGUCAUGGCUAAUUACAACAAAUAUCAAGACUUAAUGUCUAUUCAAUAACGUUAUCUUUACCACACAAUGUUUUAGUAAUAAAAACGACAGGUACCGGUAAAAAAA